AUGGACCUAACCAAGCACCUAGAAGGAAAAGAACCAAGUGGAAGCAAGACUCGCCAUCAAGGUCUGACAGCAACGCCUGAGUGGAAAGGGAUAGGGUGUAGAGAAGGAGAAGGACCACAGAAGCCAACUGCCGACUCGACUGCACCAAGACCACCGAGUGACCACAGUGCAAAAAGCCUCUUUUCCAUUUAUGGAUUAUUGAUUUACUGGAAUAUAGCUGCUGUUUCAGAACAGUUGGCCUUGGCAGGAUUGUAUCAGGAUGAAGUUAAAAGUCAAUCAUCCCAUUCUGACAGACCAACAGCUAUCCUGGUCAAUAAUCCAAUAGUACCUGUUCAGAGUCUUAAAAUUGACUCUUUCAGAAGCUUGAGAAAACCAGAAAGAAGCAUGAGUGAUGACAAAGAAAACCAAAGAUUUUACUCAGGUGACUCGGAAUAUGGCGGACUACAGAUUGCUGGGCCUUCUCAUAAUAAGAAACCUGGUAAAAUUGUUAAUGAACUUUUCAAAGAAGCAAAAGAACAUGGGGCAGUUCCAUUGGAUGAAGCCACAAGAGCCUCAGGUGAUUUCAGUAAAGCCAAGUCAUUUUCUGGCGGCGGAUACAGAUUGGGUGACUCAUCAUUUAAGCGUUCUGAAUACAUAUAUGGCGAAAAUCAACAUGGUCAAGAUGUUCAAAUAUUGCUAAAACUUUGGAGGAAUGGUUUCAGUUUAGAUGAUGGAGAGCUGCGAUCCUAUGCAGACCCAACAAAUGCUCAGUUUCUUGAGUCUGUUAAAAGGGGAGAGAUUCCUGUGGAGCUUCAGCGAUUGGUCCAUGGUGGCCAAGUUAAUUUGGAUAUGGAAGAUCACCAAGAGCAAGAAUAUGUAAAGCCUAGAUUGAAAUUCAAAGCUUUCAGCGGAGAAGGACAAAAACUUGGAAGCCUUACGCCUGAAAUAGUCAGUACACCUUCUUCCCCAGAAGAAGAGAUGAAGUCUAUACUUAAUGCUGCUGUUCUGAUCAAUGACACCGUGCCAACAACUAAAAUACAAAUUAGGUUAGCAGAUGGAAGCCGUUUGAUACAAAGGUUCAAUCAAACACACAGAAUUAAGGAUAUUCGUGAUUUUAUUAUCCAGUCUCGCCCUGAAUUUAUAACGGCUGACUUUGUUCUUGUCACUACGUUUCCAAAUAAAGAGCUAACAGAUGAAAGCCUAACACUGCAAGAAGCAGAUAUACUUAACACUGUGAUUCUUCAACAACUAAAGUAAUCCUGCAACUAUCAAAAGAGCAUUUUUGGGAAUGCAUAACAUGCCAUGGUUUCAUACAAGGAAGUUUACAGCAAAAGAAAAAAGAAAGAGAACAUAUCAAGUCAACGUUUUCUUUCACUGGCACAGAUCAGAUGCGUUUUCACUGCUGUUCUGUCUUCCAGCUCUAGUGUAUCUAAAUUUGAUUUUAGAGUGAUUUUUUUUUUUUUUUUCCCCAAAAAAAAUCUUAUCAGAAUUUUUACAAUUUUAAAACUUGGCUAUCUUCAGUUGAUGUAUUCAAAAACACAGUGAGAACUAAUAAACUACUUGAGAAAACUCAGAUAUCACUUUAUUCUCGGAUUUUUGUAGGGGAAAGCACAGUUUUUUUGAGGGGGGCAGUGUCUUUUUUUCACACACUUAGUAAGACUUGCACUGAGGAAACAUUUUAUGCUGCAUUGACAAACAGCCAUUCAAGAACUUAACCAGUAGGUUGAGAGAUGUUUACCUUCCUUACCAUAUUGAUUUUAAAAUGUCUAUUUGUAGACUGAGAGAUGUUUUGUGUCCUAAUAUGAUUUUAAAAUAUUUUGUUUGUGGUGUUUCAGUGGUGUGAUAUGAUUAAUUGCAUAAAAUAUCCUAAAAUGUAUUUUCUGUAUAAUGUCCUUGCUGAUGUGAAUGAAUUGGUAACACAAAAUGCAAACCUCAGUUAUUGCUGAAUAUAUAUGAUAUUGUUUUAACUUAUUCCAGUUGUACUUCUUGUGUUAACUAUGGUUUAUCACCUAAAAGCAGAUGAAAAAGUAAAAAGAGAAAUAGGAAUGGUAAAACUACUAGGUUCUAAUUUUUCAAAAGAAUUAGCCUUAUGGUCACAUUUAAACAUGGAUAUGCAAGUUACCUCUGUACAGAUGUAUGUUUCUACAUACAAAAGGUUAGAUAUGUACACACAUGCUUAUUUUUGUGAACAAACAAAAGAUUUGUUUAUGCAAUCACUUACAUGCGAACCCAUAGAUACGUAAUUGCUUGUACAUUUCUGAACUGGACAUCAGGUCAUCUUCUUUGAAGUUUUGGCCAAAAUAGCAUUAUGGUUUUGUAAUACUGCAAUGGGGAUUUAGCUGUUCAACUUUCAUUAUUCUCGGUGGAAGCUUUAGAAUUAAACCCUGUGUAUCUGAAAAUAUAUAUUUUCAUAAAACUCCAUCCUGCAUGUGGUAUGCCAGUAAAAAUCCUUUUUUUUCCCUUUGGGAAGUAGACUACUGUGCUUUCAUAGUAUGCCAAUUUAAUAUUUGUGGCUUUGUAUCAAAAGGGAGGAUCAAACUUAAGUGGGCUAGGGAGGUAUCUCGCAUACCAGUAUGUAUGAAGUAUUCUCAUUCCUGAAAGCAUCACAGUUUUUUUGCCAUGCUUACUCUUGAUCAGUAUAAUUCAAUUAAAAUUCUUACCUCAGAAAAGUUGACAUUUUCAACUAUACAUAAUAUUCAAAAUGCAGUCCUAUUUGAGGUCAAAUAGAUGUUUUGUAAAAUAAAUAUCUGCAUGGUAUAAAUAAUCAUAGUCCAUCUUGUGUGUUAAUAAAGAACGUGUUUUAAGCUAGAAAGGUCACAGCCAGCUUUUUAUUGUGACAAAUCAAUCAUUGUGCAUCCUGAGGGCCAUACACUUGUAAUCAGGAGAAAAUAAGAUUUAAAAUGUGUAUUUGAUAAAUACUAAAGCUUGGUAUGUUCUCUCUCAAAACUAGAAGUGGCUUAUGUCAGCAUUCUGGUAUGGGUCUGAACCAAUCCAAAAUUUAGGUCUGUUUUGAUUCAGGAUUUAGCUUCAGGUUUAUUCCUAAUUUGUACAAUAUGCAUUAAAUAUUUAUUUAAUUUAAUAUUAAACAAAGUUAUUUUAGAAGGUUAUUUUAUUCAAAGAAAAAUAACUAUGCAAUUAUUACUUCUCUAUUCCAUGCAUCUAGUGAACUUCUAAUGUAAGUGUAUUCUUCAGCAAUUUGGGAAAAAGUCUUUGAGAUUCAAGAUUACUUU